GUGGGCCGAAGAGGCGAAGAGCUGUUGAGCAACAUCAAGCGGCUCUUGAAGACCAAAGGUGACUUCAAUGAAGAGCUCGAUCUUCUGCUCGACAGCUGGCAGAAUGCGGAUGGAGAACCAUCCAUGGUGCUUCAGGACAUGGCUGAUGCCGCUCGCAACGUGUCGGUUUGGCUGGUUAACUCCGGCAACUGUGACUACUCCUUGGUGGAGGAGCGCGUGCAUGCGGCCUGGAGAGCGACGUUGGAGCAGGCAAGCACAAGCACCAGACCUGCAAAGUCUCGCGCUUCAUCACGCCGUCGAAGGCUCAUGGACAGUGAUGCAGAGGAUCGCCACUCCGAGGUCUCCAGCCAUCCGCCAGAUGAAAAGCCAACGCAGCGAAGCAGGUCGCGACCGGGUCAGCGGACGGAUGGCCGGUCUGAACGACCAGGUGGAAAGGCGAGGAGCACCUCAAGGCAUGCAAAACAGCCCUCUGCGGACAUGGAUAUCUUGGACCGGCUAGAGGUCGAUGCCCUCCGCCCGAGCCGCAGCAUGGAAGGUAAGCAGUUCACGCCAUAUUCCGGGGACGCGCUUAGCCGUGGGCCGAGCCUAGGCGCUUCGAGCCAUCAUGAGCUCGACGCAGUGAGCAGAGACCACUCUAUCGGCAGCCAUGGCUACUCGGGAGACCUGGAAACAAGACGGAGCUGCUCGCCCCAGCGGCCUGUGGAUGUGAAGAAGUAUCGAAAGAGGGCUCCUUUGUCAAUGGCAGGUGCAAUAACCGUCAAGGAGACUCGUGACCGCUAA